CAAAAAUGGCUGUGGUGAAACAGUUAUGAAGAUGUGUCGAUCUACUCAUCUAAUUAAUGUGGCGCAUGCCCCAAAUUUACCAAGAGUCCUCUGAUCGAGCCGGAGGACAUUCCUGGAAGGUGAGCAGAGGGCUGUGGAAGGAGAAGAGGAGGAUUGGCCCGUCUUGGGACAGAGACGCUGAAGAUUCUUUGGGAUCUUCAGUGACAGUGAGGCAGACAUGAAAACCCAAGAGCACCGUUCCAGCCCUCUGAAAUCACACACACAGAGUGAUGCACGGCCCCACUCCCAAAUUAAGGGUCUCCAGUUUCGCAGCAUUGCACCCAAAGCCCCUGCAGUGGUUCCAUCAUCUGCAGUCCUGUCCUGCCAACCUCCUUCAGCCCUUCCAGAAGCAUCCACGGCUGUCAGCCCUAAAUCCAUCCUGGUCCCUGCCCAGAACUAUGCACUCAUGCAGGUGGCUGGACAAGAGGGAACCUUCUCAUUGGUUGCCUUACCUCAGACACAACAGCAACAGCCAAUCCAGAAGAACCUUAAGCUGCCUAUUCCUAGAUACCAACCGGUGAGAAGCAAGAGCGCUACAGAAAAAGGCAGUAGCAAGUUGCUGAGUCCAGCCAAGGUUUCUGCAACCACUCAAGCUCAAUCAUCUGCUGUGAAAUCAGAACAGAGUUCAGACCCAAUAUCUGAGCAGCUUAUAAUAGACACUCCUACUUCUUCUGAAAUCAUUAUUGCACCAUUGUUCCCUGGUGCACAGACGGAUCGAAAAAUGGAACAAAAGAGCGAUACCCGUCCACUCAAAAACCAGCACUACCCUUCUGGAACCUCCCUUGUUGCCCCUGUCAAGAAAAUGUCACCAGUUAAAACCCAAAUAGAGGGUUCAGCCUCGGCUGGCAGUGCCAUCACAGUUCUCUCUCCCACUAUCUUUAGCAAAGCUGUUCAGAUCAUUCCAUCUCCACCCAAGGGCAAGCUGCCCAUCCUGCCCUAUGCCAAGGUGAAGAACUCCCUCCUGGUACCAACCAGCCUUGCCAGCACCCCAUUCUCAGACAAGCAGACUCUGAGUGGAGCCAAAAGCAGCCUGAAAAGCCCUCCAGACAACAACAUCAAGGCCGUAGACAGCCAAGUUAAAAGUGAAAGCCUGAGCCAAGACCACAACAACUCCCAAUUCAAGAAAACUCAAGGCAAAAAACGUGGGAGGAAGAGGAAAACCAUGGAGGACAUUCUGGCCUUCGAGGCCCGAAAGAAGAGAUCCUUGUCAUUUUUCAGUAGGAGGGUACCUGAGAAACCUCCAGUUGGUGUUCCAAAUUCUGCAUGUCAAGAGAAGUUGCUGGACAUAUCCAAAAAGUAUCGUAGUAUUCGUCCCAAGCCGGUACUGGUAAUGGAAACCGCUAUUCCACAACUUGUACCGCUUCCUUUGUCAACACCAGACAGCCCUGAUCAGGAGCUAGUUUUAGGACAGCAGAUAUCAGGAAAAAUAUUGAGUGCCCAGUCUUCACAAGCUACUGAUCACCAGCCCAUGGCAGAUUGUAAAGAUGGUGGAGGUGUGAUUUACACAAGUCGUCCUCUUUACCGAUGUCCUACCUGCAGCAGGUGUUUCCAGUUCAAGCAUCACUUGCAGAGCCACAUGAACAGCCACAGUAACCUGCGGCCCUAUGUCUGCCCGGUAUGCAGGAAGGCCUAUGCUCACUCGGGCAGUCUUAGCACUCAUAUGAAACUGCACCAUGCGGAAAGCAGGCCCCGGAAGAGCCUUUGCUGUGAAUUCUGCGAUAAGUCAUUUGGCUAUGUGGGUGUCUACUUCAGCCAUUUGAGAGAGGUGCACCGGGUAAUACUCACUGUCGAGCCAUCCAUCAGUCAACAUGAAGAAAACAUGUCUGUAGAAGAGUCUUCAGAUGCCGAUGAACAGGCCUCAGAACAGCGUGUUGACCCAGUCGAGCUACAAAUUAAGUGUGGGCGCUGCCAGGCCAUCACACCUACCUUUGCUGACAUGAAGCUGCAUUUGUUGUACGUGCAUGGAGAGGAGGUCCAGGUCCGGCCGAGGGAUGGGGUCAUGCGUGGGGGCCGUGAAGCAGAGGAUGAGCUGGUCAAACAUGCAGCACAUUACUGGAGGCAACUCAAUGAGAAACGCAACCUAGUGCACUGCGGCACCUGCAAUGAGGAGUUCUUCUCCUUUUCCAAGUUCAAAUGCCACCUGCAUUCUCACCAUCAAGGAGCUAGAGAGAGUCAAGGAGAGGAGGAGGAGGAGGAAGAAAAGAAGGGAAUGGUAGGUAAGGAGGGCCAUGUAUUAAGGGGCCUCAAUAAAGGUAUAUCCCUGAGGGUGGGAUCUCACUUUAACUGCAUCCUUUGCAGUAAGGUGUUUAGUAAGAGACCAGAAGUUAUUGAGCAUUGGAGGGCACAGCACAACUGUGAAAACCCCACCCUUCUUUGGGAUGUCCUGGACUUCAAAGGGGAGAACAAGCCUACUGAUGGGCCAAAUUAACUGCAAAUGGGUAAUUUAUUAUUUGCGUCACGUGUCGAUUGUGUGGUUUAUGCAGAAAAAAUCCACUAAUAGACUGUUGUUGUUGUUGUUGUUGUUGAUGUUUUCAUUU